AUGGAGGGCAGGCACAACAAUUUUAUCAGUUCAAUCAAUGGACUAGUGUGUUUGCGUGAGAAUAAAUGUUUUAGAGUGUGGAACCCUUCUAUCAGAUUGACAUCUAAAAGAUCGCCCGCUUUUUCUGAAGAGAUGUUAUGGAUCCCUUAUAAUGCUUUCUUUGGCUAUGAUAAAGUGAACCCUUAUAAUGCUUUCUUUGGCUAUGAUAAAGUGAACGAUAAGUACAAGGUGUUAACAUUUGGGCGUGUUGGUCGAGGUAGAAACAUUAGACACAUGACCAGACUUUAUACCUUUGGUGAAAGUUAUUGGACAACGAUUCAGGAUCUCCCGUUUGAUCCCAAUAAUUUGUGUGAGUGUCAAAUAUUCGUGAAUGGUAAUCUACAUUGGUUGACCAAUAGACGUGAUGGUUCUCUUAAAUUGGUGAUUAUUUCCUUUGACGUGGAAAAAGAGACUUAUGGUGAAGUGUUGUUACCACCUAAGCUAGACGGUAAAAUUCGGGAUCUUGACCUGCAUGUCUCCAAUAACUAUCUUUAUGUGUGGCAAUUUUCUCACAAAUCUAAUUAUGUUCUAUGGUUGAUGAAAGAGUAUGGAGUUCAGGAGUCGUGGACUAAAUUGAUGAUAAUUCCUCGCAAGAGUUUCCAUAUUUCUAGAUCUCAUAUUUGUGGAUACAGUGAUCCUCUUUUGAGUCCCUUGUGCAUUCUGGGAAAUGGUGUUGUUGUUCUUAGAACUACAUGCUCCCGUUCUUAUUUAGUUAUGUAUGUCUCAAAAAAUGGAAAAUUUGGGUGUUAUUGUAGGAUUACGCGAAGUUCACAUCCGUGGUGUGGAGGGAUUCAUCAUGAGAGUUUAGUUUCACCACCAUAUGUUUCAACUUGA